AUGGCGGCUCCACUGCAAGUAACAAUUGAUCUAAAAAACAAACCGAAUGGAGAUCCUCCUCAAGAAAUAACUUAUGAUGGAGAUCUUCUUACCACUGAUAAGAAAAUUAAGGUUACAAGAACUCUCUAUCCUCCUAGUGGAUCCGCUCAUGACUUCUACAGGUAUACUCAUGUGGAUUCUCAUGGAGGAAAUCAACCAUUCGAACUUGCACAAGUACUAGAUGAUCAGAAUAGUCCUAUUAGCGGAAUCCAGGAAUCUCAGGAUAAUAAGGUCACUUCAGUUUCCGCUUAUUACUGGAAACAUGAGAAUGGUGGUAGGGGUCUACCUAGUAAAGCUCUCCUAGUUGAAUUAGUCAGCAGCACUGAAACAAAGUACUAUAGGAAUAGUCAGAAUGGUACAUGGACUAAACAUAAGAUAUCUGGAAGCCCUACUAAGGAGGAUUUAGAAUUGCUAAACUGUGAGAUAAAUUAUGCGGUUACCAUUGACUUAUCCUUUUCUAGAAAUAAUGGAUCUUACUGUUGCAAAGAACAUGGUUGUGGUCGAGAAAAGGUAUCCGUUAGUAAGGACUUUAUCACUGUUGGCUCUUCACCUAUUCCAUAUCUCAAACAUGAGGUUGAUCAAAAUUCAAAAGUGGCGGCUAUUAAGUACAAUGAUGGUGGUCAUAAUAGUGGUGCUGGAACUAGGAAGAAUAUAACUUUGGAAGAUGUUCCAAAUCUUCCCAAUCUCUGGUGUCAAGGUAUAUAUACAUUUUACUGUUCAGAGAAUGACCCAGUAUUGAUAUAUGUUGACUCACCUGGACAAGGUGUCAAUGGUUGGUACCAGAAAGGUUCUGGUGAUGAAUCUCAAUGGGUAAAGACUCCUAGUAUGGGCAUUAAUAUAACACCAGAAAUUUUAAAAACCUGUAGUCACAAUGACUUUAACGAUCUUGUGAGAGCACUAAAUGAGGCUACUGGAUGUGGAAACUUGGAAGAAUGUAAACCUCCACCUCCAUCACCUCUUCCUGCUCCUCAAGCUGAUCAAAUUACUGGUACUGAGCCUUUUGCUUUCGCUACUCUUGGAUAUGCCUUAUCGGGUACCCUUGCUGGAAGUGCCGCAACAUUUUUUGGAGGAUGGAAACUUUAUAAUCGCUAUAAAGGAGAUCCUUGGGUUAGACAGAUUUAA